CAUUAUCAGCCACUUAUAAGCAUAUUCUUGGAUGAUCCUGAAACGGUCAGAACAGUCUGUCUUCGCGUCGCGUUCGCAAAUUAUUUUUCAAAGUCAGAACAGAAAAAAAAAAGAAAGCUGCAAAGACCUACUAUUUACUUGGCAAGUGAAAACACUUUACUUUUUACUUCCGUUCAUCUAGAAAACAGAUCAAUAGAUCUUGAAUGCUUCCCAUUAAUCACGAUAGUUUCAAAUUCAAAUUUAAAGCCACUGUAAAACGUGGAAGGUUACGCUCAUCAAAACAGCUUGGCGGAAGAAAAAGAACGUCGUCCAUGCUAGAUAUGCCCUCGACGUCCGCUUCAUAUUCUUCUUUAGCUUCAACAGCAAAUAAUAUAUUGUCCUCUUCUGAUUUUGAUACAACACAUUUACCCAAGUUGUUCAGCAAGUACAUUAUCUGCUUUUAUAAAGACAUUCAAGAUCCCAAAUUAAUAUCCAUUGCAGAAGGAUUUGGGGCUACUGUCAAGAAAGAAAUGGACAGAUUUGUAACUCACUUAAUUAUUGAGCCGCACGGCGAUCAUCGACAGUUGAAAGUUGUCAAGCAGGCUGUCCAAAAAGGCAUUCUAUGUGUGUCCACUCAAUGGCUAAUAUCCUGCUAUGUGGAAAAGAAAAACUGUCCAGCUGUUGGCUAUCAAUUUGAUGUGGAUUCUCUGGGGACAAGCUUGAAUAGAUCGUUGGAUGAAGAAUGGGGAGAACCGCUCGUUGGAGAUGAUCUAGCUGUACCAAAUCCUUUCAAUACAGAAUAUAUCGACUUUAAUGCAUUAGAAAAGAACAAGCCUUUGGACGAUGGUCAGACAAGAAUGGAUCAGUACAUCUCUAGAACGAACACCAAUGACACUGACAGAAAUAGAAAUUCAAGGGCGAGGGAGAGUACAGUCGAGUCAAUACCAACAGACGAUUUGGAAUACAGUGGAGAGAACGAAGAAAACACUCGAUAUACUAGCGAUAGCAGUAGUGUCAGCCGUACGAACGUUAGAAGCGAACAGACGCUUUCCAGUGCCACUAACUUUCCAAGCGCUUCAUCCUCUCCCAGCCUCCCACAGGAUGUUGUGGAAAUCGAGGAAAGAAAGGCCAAGAAAGCUGCAAAAUUAGCAUAUAUAGAAGAACAAAAGGCACUUUUAGCAGAGAGGAAAAGAAUGCAGGAAGAAGCCAGAAGAGGACUACAAAAGGAAGAGCCGACCAAGAAGCGGGUUGUUCGAGGUGUAUACGGUGAAGAAAGGCUAAAGAUCUGGUAUGGAGAGCAGCCAAUUCAUCCUGAAAAAAAGAACAAAAAGCCUAAACGGAAAUACUUUACCUAAAAUUUGCAACCCAUUGCCUGCAAAGACGUACGUGUCUCUUUAUUUAUUGAUUUAUACCUGUGUUAUGUUGGGGAGUACAUGUUGACCAUUCUCCGUUAAAUUAUCUUAUCGCUCCAUUCCCAAACCCUUAAAUUAUGUUAUAGAAUUAUUGCAUGUUUACAUUUAUUACCCAUGAUAACGAUAUUACAAUGAACAUAUUCAAUCUAUUUAUCGCUUUGUAUUUGUGCCUGAAAUUAUACGCCAAUCAUGAUUUGACUAUUAUGAAGAGUAAUAGCUCAAAAAUCCUUUACAUCACCCUAUUAGACAUAUCUUUUUUCGUAAUGUGAUAACCUUGAUCAUUCGUAAAUAUGCUGUCGCUAAACCUGAUCAUGCCAUGUGUAUUACAGUUCUUGAGUG